AUGCGAGAGGAACGAUCAGAGACACAGAAACACUCACCUACAGUGGCCGCCGCGGGCGUUCAUCACCAGGGCGGCGGCGCGAGCGGUGUUGGCGGGAAUUUGAGUUCGGUUUGGGGCUCUAGUGCAGCGCAAAAAUUGAACUGGACUCAACCGACACAGAUGAGCGCCAUAGAGCAAUCUGCGAUGAGUAGUUCAAGUGCAAAAGGAGGCGUGGCUUGGGGCGGGGCGGGGCUUCGGUCAGACCACGCCCCCACGGGACGCAGUGCCAUAUUGAAUCCGAUGUGGGAUGGGCCUUCGCUGGAAUCAGCCAAUAAGACUUCGCCUGCGAUUAAUAAAAAAUCGAGUUCCUCAAGCAAAUCAACUACCUCAGUGGGUGCGAGCGGUGGAAAUAAAGGUGCUGGAAGGCAGCAAGCGGGUAAUAAUAAUGCAAACGACGAACACGAG